UUUUAUGAAUUUUCUGGUGCUGAUUUGCGCGUUGCUAAAAAUUCAUUGGAUACACUUUUCGCAAAAAAUACUUCAAAUUCAGACCCCCUUAUCUACUGGGAACGAUUUCGUGGACUUAUGUCCAAUGCUUUAUAUGGAGGAAGAAUUGAGGCUGAAUUAGAUAAUCGAAUAUUAUCGGCUUUUCUUUUAGACUUGUUUAAUCCUUCAAUAAUUGAAGGAAAGGAUGGGAACAUUGAAUUGGCAAAUGGAUUGAAAAUGCCUAAUUUUGGGAGACAUUCGGAAUAUAUUCAUUGGGUAGAAACAACACUUCCUGUUGUUGACAGAGCCGAAUUGUUAUACCUUCCAAGAAAUAUUAUGCUUUCCUGGGAUUUGACUCAAAGCACUAAUGUUAUUUCCAAACUUCGCCUCCUUUUUACUUCAAAAGAAACUUAUCAACGUUUACAAGCAACUUCAACUGGUGGCCCUGCUGCAAUUGCUUCUAGACAACAAUUAGCUGACGCUCUUAAUCCGUUAUUAGGAUUAUGGAAAAGAUUGAAUCAACAAAAUCCUGGCCUGUUACAUGCAGCUGCUGAACAGAAGAAUCAGAGACCUAUAUCGGCAGGACAGGAACUAAAAGAAACAUCACCAUCAUUUGGAAGACGUACUGGCGAUGAUCCUCUUGCAGAAAUUUUACAUUUAGAGCUUGUAUUUGCUCUCAAAUUGAUGCAAUUUAUACAUACUUCCUUAUCUGCUUUAAGUCGAGCUAUCAAAGGCACUCAAUUACCAGAAAAGCGUAUAGUAGAAAUGGCAAAAGAAUUGAUGCAUUUUCAAGUCCCUUCAUCAUGGGAUGCCCUUUGGAGUGGUCCACCAGUUCCCAGUCAAUAUUUGGAAAUUCUUAUUUCUAAAGCAAAAAGCACACAGUUAAUGCUUUCUUCAGCACGGUCAAAUCAACUUCUUGGUUCUCGAGUCAAUUUGGCUCAUCUUCUCAGACCUGGCACUUUGUUAAAUGCUUUUAGACAAUAUUCAGCAAGAAAAUUAAAUGUUAGUAUGGAUGAAUUAAUCUUAUCAACAAUUUGGCAAAAUGAUCAAAAUAAUAUUACGCAACCAAACGAUAUUCCAACUUUAACACUUUCGAAUUUACGCGUACAGGGUGCAAUAUUUGAUGGAAAGGAGCUUAAAUCAGUUACUGCAAAUACUCCUUCAUUCACUGAGGCACCCGCAUUGAAGAUUUUUUGGAGAAAAGAGGAAAUAGGGGAGCAAACACAAUUCAAAGACAAGCAACAAUUAUCGUUGCCAGUAUUUUCUGACCUGGACCGGCGUGAAAUGAUAUUUCAAGUGGGCGUUACAUGUCCAAUAUCUUUACAAAGUUCUUGGAUUUUGGCAGGAGUUGCUUUUUUCUUAAGCCAAAAUUAA